AUCAGCGAAUCCCUCGUUGAGCAUCACGCCCGACUGAGCGGUCCAAUCCACAUCUCUUCGAGGGUGCAGAAAGACAAUGUCAGGACCGAGACCUGUGGUGCUAAGUGGACCAUCUGGAGCGGGCAAGAGCACACUGAUGAAGAGGCUCAUGAAGGACCAUGAAGGAGUGUUUGGAUUUAGCGUGUCACACACAACGAGGAACCCUCGCCCCGGAGAGGAAAACGGCAAAGGCCUCAACACGCUCCCCAUGCUUCUGGGGGCUACUUUACUGCCCGUAGCAGACGUCUUUUCCUCAGAAGACUUAGACACGUCAUUUUCGUGCCCAAAUGAAUCAGAAAGCCCACAUGAAGAUUACCACUUCACCAGCCGAGAGGCCAUGCAGGAGGGCAUCCAACGCGGUGACUUUAUUGAGAACGCCGAGUUCUCUGGCAACCUGUAUGGAACAAGCAAAGCUGCCAUUGAAGACGUGCAGGCCAAGAACCUGAUCUGCAUCCUGGAUGUGGACAUUCAAGGUGUGAGGAGGAUCAAAGAGACGAACCUGAACCCCAUCUACAUCUCCAUCCAGCCUCCAUCGAUGGAGAUUCUGGAAAAACGUCUCAGGGACCGACAAACUGAGUCCGAAGAAAGUUUACAGAAACGUCUGGAGGCAGCUCGCAUCGACAUGGAGCUCAGUAAGGAGCCAGGAGUGUUUGAUGUUGUCAUCAUCAACGACGACUUAGAACGAGCUUAUGAGGAGCUGAAGGAGAUCCUUAAUGAUGAAAUCCAAAAGGUUCAGGAGAGCAAAUCCUAAAAGGGGCAAACUCACCAGCAUCUCGGAGUGUGAAAAGGUGGUCCUUUAUCGGCGAUGUCUGUGAACACAGCAAAUAAAAAAGCUUGUGCUGGAGAAA